CUUCCGCUUAAAACCCUAAAAAAUCCUUCACUCUCAGUUCUCCUGCUCGAUCUCUCCUCUCUUCACCUUGCCAUGUAUCUAUACAGCCUCACCCUCCAGAAAGCCACCGGCGUCGUCUGCGCCAUUAAUGGCAACUUCGCCGGCGGCAAGUUGCAGGAGGUCGCCGUCGCUCGCGGCAAGGUCCUCGAGCUCAUCCGUCCCGACGACAGCGGUAAGAUCCAAACCCUUCUCUCCGUUGAGGUCUUCGGCGCUAUCCGUGCCCUCGGCGUUUUCCGUCUCACCGGCUCCACGAAGGACUACCUCGUCGUAGGCUCUGAUUCGGGUCGAAUCGUAAUUCUCGAGUACAACAAGGAGAAGAACGUCUUCGAUAAAAUCCACCAAGAGACUUUCGGGAAGUCCGGGUGCCGUAGGAUAGUUCCGGGACAGUACCUAGCGGUCGACCCGAAGGGGAGGGCUGUUAUGAUCGGAGCUUGCGAAAAGCAGAAGCUUGUCUAUGUUCUGAAUAGGGAUACUGCUGCUAGGCUAACAAUUUCUUCGCCCUUGGAGGCGCAUAAGAGUCACACGAUAACUUACUCCAUUUGUGGGGUUGACUGCGGGUUCGAUAAUCCCAUUUUUGCGGCCAUUGAAUUGGACUACUCAGAGGCCGACCAGGACUCAACGGGGCAAGGAGCGAGCGAGGCCCAGAAGCAUUUGACUUUCUACGAGCUUGAUUUGGGGCUUAAUCACGUGUCUAGGAAGUGGUCGGAGGCAGUGGAUAAUGGUGCCAAUAUGCUCGUUACUGUUCCUGGGGGAGAUGAGGGACCUAGUGGGGUCUUGGUUUGUGCAGAGAAUUUCGUGAUUUACAAGAAUCACGGUCACCCUGAUGUUCGGGCAGUGAUCCCGAGGCGCACAGACCUGCCUGCAGAGCGUGGGGUUUUGAUUGUCUCUGCUGCCACUCAUCGACAGAGGUCAAUGUUCUUUUUCCUCUUGCAGACAGAGUAUGGGGAUAUAUUUAAGGUCACUUUGGAACAUAAUGGUGGGGAGGUCUCAGAGUUGAAGAUAAAGUACUUUGAUACUCUCCCUGUGGCUGCCUCUCUAUGUGUUUUGAAGACGGGGUUCUUGUUUGCAGCAUCAGAGUUUGGGAACCAUGCAUUGUAUCAGUUCCAGGCGAUUGGGGAGGAGGCUGAUGUAGAGGCUUCGUCCGCUACACUGAUGGAAACUGAGGAAGGUUUCCAGCCUGUGUUUUUCCAGCCCAGAGCUUUAAAGAACCUUGUGAGGAUUGAUCAGAUGGAGAGCUUGAUGCCAGUAAUGGACAUGAAAGUGGAAAAUUUGUUCGAGGAAGAAACACCUCAGGUAUUUAUGCUUUGUGGACGAGGUUCUCGUUCUUCCCUGAGGAUACUGAGACCAGGCCUGGCUAUCAGUGAAAUGGCCGUCUCACAACUUCCUGGUGUGCCCAGUGCUGUUUGGACUGUGAAAAAGAAUGUGAAUGAUGAGUUCGAUGCAUACAUUGUUGUGUCAUUUGCAAAUGCUACUCUAGUGCUUUCGAUUGGUGAGACUGUGGAAGAAGUCAGUGACAGUGGCUUUCUUGAUACUACACUCUUGGCUGUUUCUCUCAUAGGUGACGACUCUUUGAUGCAAGUUCAUCCUUCUGGUAUUAGACAUAUUAGGGAGGAUGGUCGUGUCAAUGAGUGGAGGACUCCUGGUAAGAGGACCAUAGUAAAGGUCGGUUCAAACAGACUACAAGUAGUUAUUGCAUUGAGUGGUGGCGAGCUUAUCUACUUUGAGGUGGAUUUGACUGGUCAGUUAAUGGAGGUGGAAAAGCACGAAAUGUCUGGGGAUGUGGCUUGUUUAGAUAUCGCCCCUGUGCCCGAAGGAAGGCAGAGAUCCCGUUUUCUUGCAGUUGGAUCAUAUGAUAAUACUAUACGUAUUCUAUCUCUGGACCCAGAUGACUGCAUGCAGGUUUUGAGUGUGCAGAGUGUUUCUGCAGCUCCAGAAUCUCUCCUAUUUCUCGAAGUACAGGCAUCAGUUGGAGGAGUGGAUGGUGCUGAUCACCCUGCCAGUCUCUUCCUUAAUGCCGGUUUGAGUAAUGGUGUUCUGUUCAGAACAGUCGUGGACAUGAUAACUGGUCAGCUUUCUGACUCCCGUUCCCGGUUCUUAGGAUUGAGGGCGCCGAAGCUGUUUUCCAUCGCCGUAAGAGGCCGCCAAGCUAUGCUCUGUUUGUCUAGUCGACCUUGGCUUGGCUACAUCCAUCAGGGACAUUUCUUGCUCACACCUCUCUCAUAUGAGGCUCUAGAAUAUGCUGCUUCCUUUUCAUCAGAUCAAUGUGCGGAAGGUGUUGUUGCCGUAGCUGGGGAUGCUUUGAGGGUAUUCACCAUUGAAAGAUUGGGAGAAACCUUCAAUGAAACUGCGAUACCUCUGAGAUACACUCCUAGAAAAUUUGUACUCCACAAGCGGAAAUCUUUGGUUAUAAUUGAGAGUGAUCAGGGAGCAUUUACUGCCGAAGAGCGGGAAGCUGCAAAGAAAGAAUUUUUCGAGGCUGCUGGAAUGGGUGAAAAUGGGAAUACCACCACAGAUCAGAUGGAGAAUGGGGAUGACGAGGAUAAAAAUGAUCCCUUAUCUGAUGAGCAAUAUGGUUAUCCAAAGGCAGAGUCAGAGAAGUGGGUUUCUUGCAUCAGGGUUCUUGACCCGAAGACUUCAAGCACGACGUGCCUGCUUGAACUUCAGGAUAAUGAGGCUGCAUUCAGCGCAUGCACUGUGAAUUUUCGGGAGAAGGAGCAUGGGACUCUUUUAGCUGUUGGUACAGCCAAGGGUUUGCAGUUCUGGCCAAGACGAAAUUUAGUUGCUGGAUUCAUCCACAUUUAUCGGUUUGUCGAAGACGGGAAGUCCCUGGAGCUUUUACACAAGACCCAGGUUGAGGGUGUUCCUUUAGCUUUAAGCCAAUUCCAAGGAAGACUACUUGCUGGGAUAGGGCCUGUAUUGAGGUUGUAUGAUUUGGGGAAGAAGCGAUUGCUUCGGAAAUGUGAGAAUAAGCUGUUUCCUAACACAAUUGUCUCGAUUCACACUUAUCGUGAUCGGAUUUAUGUGGGCGAUAUGCAAGAGUCUUUUCAUUACUGCAAGUAUCGUCGAGAUGAGAAUCAGCUCUACAUUUUUGCCGAUGAUUCCGUUCCGAGGUGGCUUACUGCUUCACACCACAUAGACUUUGACACAAUGGCGGGUGGGGACAAGUUUGGGAACAUCUACUUUGUACGUUUGCCUCAGGAUGUCUCAGAUGAGAUUGAAGAAGACCCAACUGGCGGGAAGAUAAAGUGGGAGCAGGGGAAGUUGAAUGGUGCCCCCAACAAGGUUGAGGAAAUUGUUCAGUUCCAUGUGGGUGAUGUAGUCACUUGCUUGCAGAAGGCGUCCCUUAUUCCUGGUGGUGGAGACUCGGUAAUAUAUGGGACUGUAAUGGGGAGCUUGGGGGCUUUGCUUCCAUUCACUUCUCGGGAUGACGUUGAUUUCUUCUCACACUUGGAAAUGCAUCUGAGGCAGGAACACCCGCCAUUGUGUGGGAGAGAUCACAUGGCAUUCAGAUCUGCUUAUUUUCCAGUCAAGGAUGUGAUCGACGGGGAUCUAUGCGAGCAGUUUCCCACAUUGCCUAUGGACUUGCAGCGGAAGAUUGCGGAUGAAUUGGACAGAACACCAGCAGAGAUACUGAAGAAACUCGAAGAAGUCAGAAACAAGAUCAUAUAAAGAAUAAGAUAUGUCUGUUUCAAGGUCAUGUAAUUGUUUGUCAUCCACCAGGGCCACGGCCUGACAGGUCUGUCGGAGAAGGGUCAUGGAAGGGGCCCAAUCUGCAGAAUGAUCGGGUUUGGGAUCUUUCAAUUCUAGCUAGCUAUUUGCUUUCUAUUGCUCUUUGUUUUUGGUUGAGUUCACUAGUCGAUAGUGUUUCGCCUAGACAGAACCCAGAGUGUAGGGUUUUAGGUUUCUUUCUUCCUUCUAUCCUUGUAGGAAUCUGAAUGAUGAUAGAUUGAAGGUCACUACCUCUUUGUAACUCCCCCCUCCCCAACCCAACCGUAGCCCUGAGCUGAGUUCUUACCUUGCCAUUCAUUUUGUUCGAAGUCUGAAAACGUCCGAAUCACUCUGUUCGAUGUUUGAGCA